GAGGAAUUGAAAGCUGGAGUUGAUGUAGCAACAUGCCCGAGUUGUUCGCUGGUAAUCAAAGUGAUUUUCGACCCGGAACAAUUCAUUGAUGAAAACGAGAAGCAGAAAAACAUUAACGUAGAUAAAGAAACACUGAAAAAUUAAAAUGGCUGGUCGAGGAAGGGGUAGAGGUCGUGGUGGUGGAUUUGGUAGAGGAAAUCCAUUUCCUGGAGCGGAUCAAUUAAACCUUAAUCCAGCUGACAAAAUGCCAGUUGUACAAAUUGCGUCAACACCUUACCCUGUCUUGGAUCACUAUCCGGCUUCUUUAUCCGUGGAUAAAGAAUACGACGAGUUAAUUGAUAUCACAAAUCGGCUAUCUUCGUAUUUUCAAGCGUCGCGAUAUAAUUUGAAAAUGAACGAUGAAAAUACGAAGUUAUUUCAGUCGCAAGGAGAAGUAACUUUGGAGAAAAAAACAUCUUUGAAUUUCAACUGGGAUUAUUUCCCAUUAGAGUUACGGCCAACGAAUAAACGCAAGAUAAAGGAUCAAAAUGAGCUUCUGGCUAAUUUCCGAAGAAGUAAACUAUCGUCCAUCAACUUAUCAUUGUUGGAUAAAUUGGAAGAAAAAGAGAAAGUCGAAGUACAAGAUACCGAUUUACCUAUGGAAGAGGAAGGAGUAGAAGGCAUUAAAAAAGACCCAGACGAGCUUCUAGAAGAUGAUGAAAAUGAUGAGUUUGAUGACGAUGAAUUGGAUGAUGGUAACGAUUAUAAUAUGAAUCAUUUCGAUGAUGGAGGAGGCUAUCUUGAUGAGGAUGAUGAAUUGGAUGAAGGGCCAUGUUACUAACUCUAAGCGCACCCAUGUUACCUUUGCUCUUUUUAUAAAUAUUACAGUAAUUAUUUUUCAUGA